AUGUUUUUCAAUACUAGAACCAUCUAUGAAUUAGGACGAUACGAAACUGCUUACGCCUGCGAAGGGAAAACGCUAAAAAUCGAGUGCAAAGAUGGGGAAUUAAUCAAGCUAAUACGGGCGAACUACGGACGAUUUUCGAUAACGAUAUGUAAUGAUCACGGGAAUACCGACUGGAGUGUCAACUGCAUGUCUCCAAAGUCGCUGAGGGUUUUACAUAACAGGUGCAGUCAAGUGCAAAAUUGUAGUAUUCCUGCAAGCACUAACAUGUUUGGUGACCCAUGCCCCGGUACACUAAAAUAUUUAGAAGCCCACUACCAAUGCCUUUCUGCGGCUACGACCACUACAACAAACCGACCGAGUCCACCAUGGUUGAUCACGUCGCAGCCUCCGGUAUGGAGUACUGUCAAACCAACCGCAAGACCUCCACCUCCACUACCAAAAGUGUCACCGACUGUUUCGCCAAAGUCAACAGCAAUAACUUCCUCCACUCAAACGACAACGGCAUCACACAGCCCCCAACCUCUUCCAGUCGAACCGGUUUUAGAUGAUAUUAAUGUUAAAAGUAAAACCAGCGCCUUGCCUGACGAGAUAACGACGAUUCUGGUCACGGCAAGUACACCUAAGAAAGGUGAUAAUAUGCCAUCUUUCGACUAUAAUCCUAUAUCCAGCAAUUAUCCCCCACAAGUAAAGGAUGUAGACAGUUUCAAUUAUUGUAGCCCUGUUACGAUACGAAGCAUUUAUUGGAAUUGGACGAGAGCUGGUGAGCUAAUUAUUCAACCGUGUCCGGGUGGCACCACGGGAUUCGCUCGAUGGAGAUGUGCGUCUUCUGAAAGUGACACCGCUUGGUCCCCUCAAACGCCAGAUUUAAGCGAAUGCAGAUCGGUUUGGUUAACUAGCUUAGAACAACGGUUGCUUAUGGGACGAGAUCCGCUCACGUCAAUUAUUAGCGAUUUAGCUCAGGUUACUAGCAGCAAAACUCUGUAUGGUGGAGAUAUGAUGAUAACGACAAAGAUUAUACAAAAUAUGGCGCAUAAAAUGUCAAUGGACAUACAGACGUUCCCAGAUCCGAGGCAAAGAGAGGCUAUUGUUACAGAAAUGCUAAAUGAUGUGGUUAGGACCGGUAGUAAUUUGCUGGAUAGCUCUCAACAUCCGUCGUGGAGAGAUCUAAGUCACAAGGAGCAAAUGCGCGUAGCUACAUCUUUACUUAUUGGAUUAGAAGAAAAUGCUUUUUUACUUGCCGACACAGUUAUAAGGGAAAAGACUGUGGACCAAAUUGUCAAAAAUAUAAUGCUAUCAGUGAGAGUUUUGGAAACACGAAACGUCCACAUCGAAAGAUUCCCAUCUGACAACAAAUGGAGCUCAAGUAAUGAUUCCAUCGAGUUGCCGCGUGGCGCUCUGUUGGAGAACAGCGAAGGGGGAUUCGUGCGACUUGUCUUCGUUGCUUUUGAUAGACUGGAAGAAAUAUUGCAAUGGCAACCAGAUUCGUUUGACGAUAACUUUAAUAAGAACGUCAGUAGAAUGCUGAAUAGUAAAGUGAUAUCGGCGAGUUUGGGAAAAGGUCGUCACAUUCAAUUGUAUGAACCAGUACGACUAACUUUAAAGCAUUUGAAAGUGGAGAAUGUCAGCAAUCCGUCGUGCGUGUUUUGGGAUUAUACGACCAGUACAUGGUCGGAGGAAGGAUGCCAUGUUUACUAUACGAAUGAGACGCACACCAUCUGCGAAUGUGAUCAUCUUACUAAUUUCGCCAUUCUUAUGGACGUUCAUUCCACCUAUCUUCCAGCAGGACAUCAGAUAGCUUUGCAGAUUAUCACAUACGUCGGUUGCAUAAUUUCAGUAGUGUGUCUUGUACUGGCAAUUAUAACUUUUCAGUUAUUUCGUGGACUUAAAAGUGAUCGUACUACAAUACACUGCAAUCUGUGCGUUUGUUUGCUGAUAGCAGAGCUCUUGUUUUUAGUAGGUAUCGAUCAGACUGAUAAUAGACUAGGUUGCGGUUUUAUUGCCGCAUUUCUUCAUUACUUUUUCUUAUGUGCGUUUGUAUGGAUGUUCUUUGAAGGCUUCCAGUUGUAUGUUAUGUUAAUAGAAGUAUUUGAAUCUGAAAAAUCAAGAUUGCGUUGGUAUUAUUUUAUUGCCUACGGUCUUCCUUUACUCAUUGUUAGUAUAUCGGGAGCUGUUUUUCCAACAGGUUAUGGAACAUCUCGAUACUGUUGGCUACGAGCCGACAAUUAUUUUAUUUAUAGUUUUGUUGGACCAGUUAUAGUAGUUAUUAUAUUAAAUUUAGUUUUCUUAAGUAUGGCGAUUGUGAUGAUGUGUAGGCAUUCAAAUGCAUCCGUUUCUAUGAAGAAUAAGGAACAUUCGAGGCUCGCCAGUGUCAGUGGAAAGGAAGAAAAUGCACUACAAACCAAAUUUCAAGCUCACUUGUCAUGGUUGAGAGGAGCCAUCAUUUUAGUAUUUUUAUUAGGAUUAACCUGGACUUUUGGAUUUUUAUAUCUGGAUAGGGAAUCUGUAGCAAUGGCCUACAUAUUUUCGGUCUUAAAUUCUCUACAAGGCUUUUUUAUUUUUAUAUUUCAUUACGUCCAAAAUGAGAAGGUCCGUAAAGAAUAUCGAAAAUUCAUCCGACGGCAUUCUUGGUUGCCGAAAUGCUUACGCUGCUCUAAAAUGAAUACUGGAGCAGGAAGUAGUAGUGGCAGUACUGGUCUGGGAAAAGAGCGCCGUGCUAGUCUAUAUAUUGGUUCAAAUGGCAAUCCCUCUGCUCCCAAUUCACAUUCCACAGACAAUUCGGUGUUAUCACCACAUGGAACUAGUUUGCAGCGAGGUUGGAGCUCUCGGAGCUGCAACAGUAUGAAUCGCGUGGGCAAAUCUCCUGUACCUACAUCAACUUCGACAGGCAUGGCUACUACUCUUUGUCACACUCACCGCCCCAGUUCAACCACCCCUCCACCGGUUCUCGAACCGCCCAAUACAUCCACCCUGCCGUAUAUUCGCAAUUUUUACAAAAUAUCGACUCAUAAUCCUAACUUGCCUAAGUCUGCUUCCACAUGGGGUCCUUUGAAUAAACCUUUACAUUGGAAGAACAUUUCUUUUAAGUCUUGUAGCAGAGACUCUGGCCAUGGGGGAUCUGAGCAAGAAGAUUCUCCAAGACUGCACACGGUUAUAUUGGAUACGCGUCUAAAUAAUUGUAAAGAUAUGCGCCGUCAGUCGUACGUAUCGGCCGAAUUGAACAACGCGCUCAGCAAUAAUUUACAUCAAGUCGAUUUUGACAACUACGCCGACUCUGUACCGCACCAAAAACAUUUACAAUUACCUCAAAAUCUGCAACCAAACAUAAUGCGUAAGAAGAAUGGAAAUUUUCUACGAUCUGCGAGUCCCUGGAACCACACCUACACUGAAAUACAGAACGGAAGAAUGCGCGGUUUAGUACCCGAAGAUGAUCCGGUCUAUGAAGAGAUUGAACGCAAUGAAAUACAAGUGUCAGAUAUGAGUGAUGAAGAUGGAAAGCGUCAAAGUGAUAUGAGUCGUCAGUCAUCGCGUUCUUACGGAGAUCAUCGGCCUUUAAUUCCAUAUAGUCCGGCAACAGAUAGAAGUAUUCAUUCAUGUUUGGAAGCAGUGACGAAACAUCGCCUUAAGGAACCAAAUCGCUACACAACAGAUAUAGAAGAUUAUCGUAUGUCAAGACAGCAUCUAUACAGAGGUGAUGCGGCACGAUCAUUGGCUGCAGUACUAGACGGUGAAACUGUCAUCUGUCACCUUGAGCCGCCCGAAAUGUAUCCACAUGAUCCUUAUUCCUCCCGAACUCUAGUUUUACCGCAGUAUAGUGAGAGUUAGGAAACUGCCAUUUGCAAGUGUAUAUCUGUGAUUAUAGCAUGAUCAGAUCUUUGAUCAUAUUAGUUAAGUAAGCUCAGUUCGCAUGAAUGAUGGAAAAGUGAUAAUUUUGUACUAGUGAACUAUUUUAAUAUUUAUAAAAAUAUAAAUGCCUCUUUUAUAUGUGAGUUUUUGAGCCAUAAUAAGUAAAUAAGUAAUAAAUUAUUACAGUUAUAGCCAAAUUUGUACUUUAUGCUUUAUUCAAUUCAUUGCUCAUUCAUUUACCGUAUUGUAAAUAGGGUGAACACAUUUCAAUUCAUUUCGUCACUAUUCAAAUGUAAUGUCUUGAUGUUAACGCAAUUUAUAUUUCUUGUCACUAAUCAAACCCGGUAAGGAUUGACACGUUUUUGAAAUUUAUUUUUGUUAUAGAAUGUACGUCGAUUCUUAUCGGACGACAAAUUGAUUUAUUAUCUUAAGCCAUACUGCAAGAAGCACAAUAUAUGUACAUAAAAAUUGACAGAAACUGUUAAUGGUUAGUAUUAGUUAUUUACAGAUUAGUAGUGUUCACUAGCUCUACCCAUUUAUUGUUUGAAUGUGUCCCACCCAAGCAUAUAAAAAAUGAUGUUAAUAGUAUUGAAUUGAUGUUACCGUUGCAGUUUUUAAUUAACAUUCUAAAUUCUAGGUUUUAUUGACAAUACUGCAUUACACCUAAUUGGAGUUACACACGUUGUUAAUUAUUUUGUGCCCUCAAGAUGUGUAUAUAUUGUAUAGUGCUUUGUACAUGUUGAUUAAUUGUUUAAGUUGGUGCACACGUUAUUUAUGCCAUAAGAUUUAUAUAUUAUGACAUAAAUAAACGACGACCCAUUUUAAAAUGUAAGAAAUAUAAAAUGAAUCAUAAGUCUGACCAAUAAAAUUGAUUUUCUUUUUAAGAAAAACAAUGUGAUUUAUUAUAAAAUAAUGUAAAGCAAUUGUUGAAGAUUUCACACAAUCAGUUCCAGUAAAUGUAUGUUUUAAGGCGUCUUGUUUGCACGUACAGAACAAAUUGCAAAAUGCAGGCGAUGAUUAUCCAUGAAACUGGUACUAAUUCAAUGUAGGAAAAGCCCAUAAGUAAUUUAUGUACCUAUGUUUGUUUCAUGUUGUCACCUGUAUCCAUAUAUACACCAUAAAAAUAGUACCUGUUUCGUGUUUAUUUGUCGUACCAUGUCCAACCAUUUAGUAGUGCUGUGUCAAAAUAGUCCCACCAAAACUAGCACAUAGCUCGGUUGGCUAGUGAAGUGAAUGGAAAUCUUUGGGGAUAUUUAUGUGCUAAUUUGAGGUCUUUGUCAACCCUUUCUGUUUAGCAUGCCUAUUAAUGGUAGUUGUUAACCGUCAACACUUUUUGUAAUUUCUCUGUGUUGUGAAGAAUAAUAAAAUUUUACUUCCUUAUGUAAUACCCAAACCUGCUCGAACAAGUCCGAGAGUUCAAAAGUACUGAUGUUAAACAGUCGACGUGAUCAAAUAAAUAUGUUUAUAAAGAACUUUAAUGUGUGUUAAUAAAGAACAUACACAAGUUACUUCAUAUUUAAUGUAAAAACUGUCAUUUGCAGCAGUGUUACCUAUAUUUUCGACAACAUUGUUUUAAAUGGUUGGAGAUGGUAGAUUCAUUCUACAGACGUAAAGUGAGCUAAUGAGACAUUUUGCAUUUGUCGCUGUAAGGACGUCAUUCAUGCACAAGUGGUCUGUUGCUCUCUUCCACCCCUUCAGCUGGCCCUGUAAGGACAUUAGCAAUUGAUUGUGUGAGCAUCACUACUUAAUUUGGGCAAAAAAUACCCUAAAUACUAGUAUUAUUUGUGAGGAAUCACAAAUUCAAAUACAACAAGCCUAAGAGGUCUCCAUUAUGGCUGUGUGGUAGAUCUGCAUAUAGCGUUAAUGUAUGCAAAACAUUUAGGCAUGAUUCGCCAAUAGUGAGAAGUGCCCCUUAGAUUUUGUCUAGAAUACCCCACAGAGCAAGAGAAUGGUAAUGUACUGUACUGUGGUUAGGUAUAAUUAAAGCAACACUGUAUUUUUA